AUGCUAUCUUCAAAUAAUUUUUCAAUAACUAAAUAUGUUGUUAAAUUAAAAGAUACAAAAUAUCUUGAAAGAAAAAGAAUUUUAAUGUAUACAAAUUAUUUUAAACAUACUGAUACUAAACUAUUUAAUAAUUGUGAACCUAUUAAUUGUGAAUUUACUUAUGAUAAAAAAUUAUUUUCAAUGUCUGAUGCAGUUGUAUUUCAUUUUGCUGAUAUAAUUCCUAAUGAUAUUCCAACUAGAGCAUUUCCAUCACAAAAAUUUGUUUAUUUUUCAUUAGAAGCACCAUUUUCUACAGAAUUUAGAUUUGCACCAAAAAAUUUUUUUAAUUGGAUUAUGUCUUAUAAUAAUAAGUCAGAUAUUACUUUUGAAUAUGGAAGUAAAUGGAUAAAAAAUAAUAGUACACAUAUGAAAUUAAAUUAUACCUAUGAUGAAAUAAUUCUUAAAAAAUUAUAUAAAGGAAUUAUUGGUUAUAUUUCAAAUUGUAAUUCAAAUUCAGUUCGAGAAAAAUAUAUUGAAAAAUUAAAACAAUAUAUUCAGGUAAAUGUUUAUGGAAAUUGUCAAGUUAAUCCUAUAACAAAUGUAACAUGUAAUGUUACAGAUUAUGAAUGUGAAAAAGAAUUUAUUAAUAGUUAUUAUUUUUUCUUUGCAUUAGAAAAUGCCAUCUGUAAUAAUUAUAUAACAGAAAAAUAUUGGAAAAGAUUUACUUUUGAUUCAAUUCCUAUUGUUAUAAAAAGAAAAAUUUAUACAGAUGUUGGUAUUCCAAAUUCUUCAUUUAUAGCAAUUGAUGACUUUAAUUCUAGUAAAGAAAUGGGUGAUUAUUUAAAUUAUUUAAUAAAUAAUCCACUUGAAUACUUAAAAUAUUUUAAUUAUAGAACUGAAAAUAUAACAGUUAUACCACAAUCUGAGUAUGAUUUAAUGAAUGGUAUUUGUAAUUUAUGUACUAAAGUCCGCCAAAACAAUGAUGAUAAAAAGAUUAUUGAGGAUGUUAAUUCUAUAUAUUUAGAUAUAAAUAAUUGUAUUCCAAAAAGUGUUAUGUAUAAUUUUGCAAAUAAUUGGUAA